UAUCUCUUUAACUUUAAACUUUAAAUAUCCGUAUCUUGGUAUAGGAACUGCAGAUUUGUAUCACUAUGAAAACAGUGUCUCUGGUAAUUAUGCACACAACACUAUUUGCCCAUUUCAUGCCCACACAACGCGUAAUCGGACGAUUUACGUGAACGGCUAUCUCUGCAGAAUGUCUCUAAUUGCGCAUGCCGAGGAUACAGUUAUGUGGCUGCCAAGUGAUACAGCUAUUUGAGAUGCGUCGCGGAACUUUUGAAUUACAUGUAGACACUUUCGGUGGAAGAUAAGAUAAAGCUGACUGGGAAAAUUGCACUGACGUAUGACCUCGCACACGCGAAAUCUUCGCCUCGGUCUUGACGCGCGUUCAAUGCUGACUUAAUCGUUAACGGUUGCAGAGUUUUCGCGAAAUUUCUGUUUGUUUCAACGAGAGCAAACGUUUUGUCUGACUUUUUAAUGAAUAAUUAAUAACUAUCGCAUAUUGUAAACGUUACGAAUGUUUACUAAAUCUGUUUGAAAGUGAAAAAUUCCAAGUGAUUGAAAAAAAUCCCAGUUGAUGCAACAUAAAUUUCACCAGUACUCAUUAUUAAUUACUCGAUUAUUUAAUCGAGUAAUUUAACGAUUUAGCAUAUCAUUCUAAAGUGGUUUAGUCUCGGCUUUAUUAGCGCAAUCUUUUAUGUACGUUAAUUAAUGUAAAAUAGUAUCCGCACAAUCAAUGUUUGGGUUAUGCAAAAUCAGUGCGCAGAGGACUGUUUCCUUCGGUCUCGAGAUAAGCAAAUUGAUAUGGUGCAUGAGCGUGCAUUUUUACACACACGCGUGCACGGUAAGCACACGUUUCAAUUAAAUAAUGUUAAAUUCUCAGCAAUUUUAUUUUUUUUCUAAAUGAAAAAGAGGAGAUUUUGCUUCUACCAAUCGCCUUCGAUGAAAGGUAACCUAACGAUACUUGUCGCGGCUGUCAUUGACGAUUCAGAAUCUGGCCGGAUGCUUUCCGAAAUUUCCGACAAUGUGAGAGAUAACAAGAAGGCUCAUCGCGAACUGAAAACUCGUCUUAAGAAUGGGAUGCAAGAUUAGUGUACUGAAGUGCAUGAGAGGCAAAGUCGAGCAGGAGAAGAGUACAUCGUCGGAAACUAGCAGUUCUAUCGUUAUAAGCGAUCCAACAGAAUCCGACAGGGAUGAAGACAGUCUGUAUUUCGCGUUCGACACACACAAGUCUUAUAAUUUUAACGCCGAAGAGGACGAUCAAAAAGUAGCGCAACGUAAGACAGAUGCGUUUGACAUUGUGGCUGAAAAGAAUGAAAAAACACCCUUCGAGGACAGCACGCACAAUGAGAACGGCGAUUACUUGACUGUCAAAGGACCUCAAGAUUUUAGUAAUUAUUUAUUGACAACUGACGUUCCUAAUAUUAUAAGAAUUUUAUUAGUCUUUAGCAACGAUGACCAACAAAUGGACUUACUUGCUAAUACCGCGAGAAGAUUGGGAUGGAGUGUAUCGGUGGCAAAAGAUGCGGAAAAAGCAUUAGAACUUUUCCAAAAUCGUGCUCACGAAUUAGUGAUUAUCGAUCAUAGAGCACAUCACGCUGACGAGGGUGAUGCUAUUUGUAGAGCAAUUAGGUCAAGUCCGGUUUAUCACAGUUCUGUCAUUAUCGCGCUCGUAAAGAAAUCGUACUUCAUGCUUGAUGAAAAAGACCAUAUAGUUGCAUUAAACUUGCUAGAAACAGGUUUUACUAGAACACUGAUGGAAUGUUCUCACGAAGGUAUAUUAAUAAACGAAUUAGUAGAGAUAUAUACUAGCUCAAUAUUGCCGAGAACUCAACUAGCAGCAGCGCAUGCAUUAUAUUUGGCACUCGACAGAUGCCGCGAUAUGGUGCAUGUGACUAAUGAUAAAAACAUUGUACAGUUUCUAAAUAAAGUCAGCGAAAAAUUGUUAGGAUAUAAGGUAGAAGAGAUGAUGGGAAGAAACCUCUCGGAAAUAGUAUACUACGAAAAUUUUUCUCUCAUGGAACAACAACUGAGUAAAGGCCGAGAAUUCGAAGGAAAUAUGAAUUGCAAAAGAAAAAACAAUCAAAUGAUUACGAUCAAUUGCAGGAUAAUUCCGUUCUGUAUCACAUUAAAAAAACCAAGUCAUUAUAUAUAUGUAUACGAUACUACGUAUUUAUCGGAAAAUUCAGCGCCAAUAAGCCCAAUUAGCAGCCCGUUGCAUCCUCCUCUUAAAACGAAUAUGACGAACACGCGGAAAUCCUCAGAUGUCAGAUCUGGUUCUAUAAGUGAAGAUAAAGGCCGUAGACGGUCCAGCUUGCAAAAAUUGCAUACCUUACAACUGGAAGCUCCUAUCACUAAAGUCAUUACGUUACUUUCGAAUGCAGUCACGGAUACAACUAAUCCGGAAACAGCAGCGCAGAUCGAGAAAGCAAUCGAUAUCCUAAAGACGACGGAACUCUACGUACCGCAUCUUAAGGAAGAUAGAGCAAUGUGUAGCGAUCCAGUUGCUACGGAUCUCGUUGGCGCAUUACUUGCCUCUCCGCGCACAGCAUGGGAAUCCAGAAGGUCAUCGUCGGAUUCUGCGAGACUAUCCACUAUCAAGGCUAUCACCAGUCCGGCCAAUUUACGCAUGCAAGUAAAAAAUUUCCGGGGGCCGCAAGAAAUUACGGAGAUACUGGACAACAGUCUUGACUGGGACUUCGAGAUAUUUAAGCUUGAAGUACUGACGGAAGGAAGACCGCUUGUUUUUUUGGGAUUGACAAUCAUGAAUUUAUAUCAUGCGCCCGCUACAUUACAUUGCGAUGAGAGAACGUUACAGAACUGGCUAGCCAUUAUUGAACACAAUUACAACGCAGAGAAUAGCUAUCACAACUCCACGCACGCUGCCGAUGUCUUGCAAGCCACUGCGAGAUUUAUGCAAUCAAAAAGACUCAAAGAAAUUUUAGAACCUUUAGACGAGGUUGCUGCUCUAGUAGCCGCCGCUGCGCACGACAUUGAUCAUCCUGGACGAUCUAGUCAAUUUCUUUGCAAUGCCAACAGUCGUUUGGCAAUACUCUACAAUGAUUUAUCGGUUCUCGAAUCGCAUCAUGCAGCCUUAACAUUUAAACUAUCAUUGUCCGACGAUAGUGUGAAUAUCUUUAAAAAUAUGGACCGAGAUGCAUAUAAACUGUUACGACAAAAUGUCAUUGACAUGAUUCUGGCGACCGAAAUGACGAAGCACUUCGAGCACCUGGCGAAGUUCAUGAAUGUUUGCAGCGCAAGAAUUGGCGAUGAAGAGACAUAUUCAAAUUCUCUGGACAUGACUGUGGUAUUACAGCCAGAUAAUGUAAUACUAGUUAAAAGAAUGAUGAUCAAAUGCGCGGACGUAUCUAAUCCAACGCGGCCAUUGAAACGUUGCGUCGAAUGGGCGAGACGAAUCGCGGAGGAAUAUUUUAAUCAGACCGAUGAGGAAAAAAAAUUGAAACUGCCAGUCGUAAUGCCAAUGUUCGAUAGAAUGACGUGUUCAAUACCGAAAUCGCAAAUCGGUUUCGUCGAUUAUAUCAUUAACGAUAUGAUUGAGGCUUGGGAUGUGUUUAUCGAUAUGCCAGAAAUAGUGGGUUAUAUGCGACACAAUUACGAGAAAUGGAAAGAAUAUAUUGAACAAGGUAUAUCCACUUUACAAGACGUCGAGAAACUACAACAACAUCCCGAGAUGCAAAUAUUGCGAUUAUCUUGAUAAGCGUGUCUCGUUUUGCAUCUCGUUCCAUGCCUCGUUAUGUAAUAUUUAUGCUGCGAUUAUCGCAAAGAAAUGUAUAGUAUUUAUGUAUUUAAGGAUAGAGCAAUGAUGUCGCGUCUUCUCGAGUCGUUUUUAAGAAAAUACAUAUAAUUUGCCGUUUCGCGUGCCACUAGCAUUUUCAUUAUUUAUAUAUAACUCCAUUCCUCUCAAUGACAUUUGUCGUAUUAUUAUUUUAAACAUGUGUGUAACUCAUUAAUAAGAUACUUGUAGUCUAAUGAAAGAAAUACCUUUGUGUAUGCAGCUCCGAAGAAUGUUAUUUCGAACGAAGUCUUCGCUGCGUUCGCACAUGCUGAUCAUUAAAUUUGUACGUGAGACCGACAAAUAAAUAAGAAUAUUGCAUUUGAAAUUGUUUCUUAUUUUUUAUAGCCAGAAAUGAAUUCCUUGCCUAAUUUUGCCAUUAAGUUUCAACAAUAUAACUAAUAUUUGGAAUAGAGAGGAGAAUUGGUAUAACUUAAAUCGAAAAAAAACGCACAAUGUAGGUCAGAUUUCACUUUAUUGUUUCUUUCAGCCAAGAAAUGGCAUAGGGCCUAUUUCUAUGCGCUGCAUAAAAAAAAAUACAGAAUUAUAAAUUAUAAAAUACAGAAUUAUAAAAGGUAAAUAAAAUCAGAUAUAAAAUGUAAGCCGUAUCCAGAUAAAAUUUUACACAGUUUUUAUCAACAGAGCGUAUACAAUUUCAGUUAUGCAAAUUACAAAUUUUUUGUUUUUUUGUUAAUACAGAAAACACACAUUCGAUUUUUCAAUUUGAAACUGUCCUGAUAUAAUGUUGUUGCAUCUAAGAAUUAGACAAUUACAUUUAUGCAUAUAAAUGUAUAUAAACCAAAA